AUGUACCGCCGCCGGCGCGCCCUCGACCACCGGAGCAUAGCCCUCGAGUUCGCACAGCGGCGCAAGGUGGCGGUGGGCCUGGAGGAGGACGAGCUGUGCCGGUCGGUGCAGGCCGCCAUGGACACCCAGGUGAUCGGCUCGUGCGCCUACUGCGGCUGCAACUUCUCCGUCGUGGCCGCCGUGGACGUGGCGGGCAUGGGCAUGGUCUGCGGCGUCUGUGGCCGGCUGCUCCGAGUGUACAACCCGGUGCCGCUGGUCCGCGAUCCCCCGGCGGACGCGGAGGAGAGGUGGAAGGGCUGGCUACCAUGA